AUGAAUUUUGAAAAUUGUGCACAUAGCCAUAAAGAAAAUUUUGAAGGAAAUGAAAUUUGCAGAGAUUGUGGAAUAGUAUUAAAUGACUCUUUUGUGCGAGAAGAAGAAUUCGUCCCUGAUAUAACUGGCAAACGUGUAACUAUCGACGGAGGAACCCAAGAUCCAGGAACUAAAAAGAAAAAUCCACAUGUCGAACCUGUACUUGACCAAACGCUAUCAACACUUGAACUUUUAGAGUUCAGGACACGUGUUAUUGCAUAUUAUAAUGCUGUUGACAAAAAUUUCAUAAUUGGGGAAGGAAAACUAUUACAUUACGUGAUUGCUGCUUGCGCUUUGUUAGUUCUUAGAGAGGAAAGGAUUCCGAGAACUCUGAGAGAAAUCGCGUACACUUUGGAGUUGAAUCUGAAUCGCCUUUGUGAUGUUGUAUUUAUGAUUCGAUCUAAAUUUGCCCCAAAUGUUACAAACUUUGUUAGUGUUGAGGAUUUGAUUAUCAGGUCAAUUGGUGUAAUGUUUGAUGAUGAAUUACAUAAAAUCAAUUUCCCGUUAUACACUGAUAUCAAACAACUUUGUCACCUGAAAGAAGAUAUACAAGCUUUUGAAAAGUGUAGAGAAAUAGAUUUGCCGAACAACACAACAUCCGAAGAAUUUCUAGAAAAAAUGACAAAAAUAUAUCGGGUAGUUUUUACUGGGAUAUGCAUGGAGCUCCUCAAAUACGCCAAUGAUGCUUUUAUUUUAAGCGGAAGGCAACCUACCUUCCUCGGUGCCGCAAUCGCUUUGCUCGCAGUUGAAGCAACGGAAAAACCUAGCGUUCACGAAGUUAAAAAGCAUCGAAAACGCGCGAUAGGUCUUAUUAGUAAAAUAUUUAUGGUGGAUUGUCAAUUUGUAUUGUUUGAAAGAUAUCGAGAGCUUCUUGAUGUAAUAUAUCACAAGGUAAUUAAUAUUAUACCUUGGUGCACUCAUGCCAAAGAGAAUAAGUCUAGAAGUUACUUGUAUGUUACCGAUCUCGUGCAAUUUCAAGAAUGGAUAUUGGGAAGUCGUUUAAAGGGAAAAGGAAAAACAAAAGAUGGGAGGAAUGUAAACAUUGACGAAGCGAUUAAUAGUAACAAUGAUUUAAAUGAAAAUAAUAAUGGGGAGAAUUUAAUUUUCACAGACACGUCGGACUUCACUAAUAAUAAUGGGGAGAAUUUAAUUUUCACAGACGCUUCGAACUUCACUAAUAAUAAUGGUAAUGGACAAUAUAAUGACAGUAACAUGGAAUUUGACGAAAGCGAAUUGGAUGAAUACGUUGAAAUGUUUAAAAAAGUCUGGGAAACAUUACAAUCGAAUGUUCUAGAAAAAUCCGAUGACAAGAAUAUUCAACAUAAAAAAAUCACGAGACAGCCAAGACUUCAUGAAAAGAGUAGCGUGGAAGAUAAAACUUCUAUCUGUAAUGAGCAACUUUCUUCUGAUAGCGAAUCAUCGAUUUACACAGAUAAAACUAUACAAAAAGUAAAUAAUAAUAAGCGUAUCAGAAUAGAAAAGCCUAAAGCCAACGUGAAAAAACUAAAUAUUGACUUUUCUUUGAUUGAUAACAUCAACUUUGAUGAUUUUAAUCAUAUUUAA